AUGUCUCCCGUCAACCCCUCCUCCAAGGUGCCGGCCUUUGCUGUCGAGCAGUGGAUGGACAAGUACGAGACAACGCCCAACGUGCUCAACCUGGCGGAAACCUGCGCUGCUAGCAUCACGAUCGAAGAUCUCGUGCGCCUCAACUCCCAGAAACAGCUUGCUGCUCCACCCAUAGACUAUAGUGUCCCAAUGACAUAUGGUGCCAUCCGUGGCUCUUCUGGCUUGAGGGACCAUAUUGCCGACCUCUACAAUUCUUCGCCGAGGUCUCUUCACGGCAAGUUCCAGACCCUCACACAAAAAGAUGUGAUCGUGACGACCGGUGCUAUUUCCGCAAACUACCUUGUCUUCUAUAGUCUUGUAGAGGCUGGAGACCACGUCAUAUCCGUCUACCCGACGUAUCAGCAGUUGUACACAGUGCCAGCCAGCCUCGGGGCCGAUGUCAGUCUCUGGAAGCUUGAUGCCAAGCGCGGUUUCGUGCCUGAUGUUAGCGAGCUUGAGAAGCUUAUUCGGCCGAACACAAAGAUGAUUGUGAUCAACAAUCCCAACAACCCCACAGGCGCAACCAUUGUAGAGGAAAUCAUCCUGAGCAUCAUUGCGAUCGCCAAAGCCCACGGCAUCAUUCUCUUCUCCGACGAGGUCUACGCACCGCUCUUCCACGGGCUUGCAAGUCCCGCCGAUUUUCCUCGCUCUGCUGUGACGCUCGCUUCAUCUUCGGAUGACCCUCAGGUUAACUACGAUAACAUUGUGACCACGGGCUCCAUGUCAAAAGCUUGGGCACUUGCAGGCAUACGUGUGGGUUGGGUCGCGACACGCAACCCGACGAUUCGAGGAGCGAUUGCUUCUGCCCGGGAUUACACCACAAUCAGUGUUUCUCAGAUCGACGACCAACUCGCUCGAUAUGCGCUGAGCAAAGACGUCCGUCCCCAGCUGGCGCAGCGCAACAUAGAGCUGGCCAAGACCAACCUCGACAUACUAGCGGCAUUUGUCGAAGGACCUGUAGGCAGAGAGGUAUGCGACUGGGUGAAACCGAAUGCGGGUACGACCGCAUUCAUUCGCUUCUUCGCUCGGUCCGGCGAGGUUCAAGAUGAUGGGAAGAGGAUAGAACGACGACCAGUUGACGAUGUCGCCUUCUGCAGGGACUUGCUGGACAAAACCAAAGUCAUGUUCGUCCCUGGGUCUCUUUGUUUUGGAGAGGGCAAGGACUUUAGGGGCUAUGUCCGCAUCGGUUAUGUCUGCCAUACCGACGUCCUGCGGGGGGGAGUUGCUGCGCUUGAGGACUACGUGAGGCUACACUUGCGGUAA